AGAUGGCGGACAAAGAGAAGAAAAAGAAAGAGAGCAUCUUGGACCUGUCCAAGUACAUCGACAAGACGAUCCGGGUGAAGUUCCAGGGGGGCCGCGAAGCCAGUGGAAUCCUGAAAGGGUUCGACCCGCUCCUCAACCUCGUGCUGGACGGCACCAUCGAGUACAUGAGAGACCCCGACGACCAGUACAAGCUCACGGAGGACACGCGCCAGCUGGGCCUGGUGGUGUGCAGGGGCACGUCAGUGGUGCUGAUCUGCCCGCAGGACGGCAUGGAGGCCAUCCCCAACCCCUUCAUCCAGCAGCAGGAGGCCUAGCGGGCGCGCGGGCGCUGCCGCGGACUCAAAGCUGCCCCUCGCGUGGCGUGCCGCCCGCAAGAAUGGAACUUUCCUUUUUGUAUAGGUUAUUUUUCUUUUCUUAAUAAAAUUGCAAAUCUCA